GGGGUGUGGUCAUGGGGCCAGGCCCCCUCAAGAAGAGGCCGCGCCCCUUCCUCCGCUCAGGAAGCGGCGUCACUUCCGGCGUGUGCGUCUGGCGUCCGGCCGCCGCAGGAUGGCGGCUCUGAGGAGUUGGCUGUCGCGGAGCGUUGCCUCCCUUUUCAGGUACAGGCAGUGUGUUCCUGUCGUGGCUAACUUCAAGAAGCGCUGCUUCUCAGAAUUGAUAAGACCAUGGCACAAAACUGUGGCGGUUGGAUUUGGCGUGACCCUGUGUGCGGUUCCCAUUGCACAGAAAUUGGAACCUCAUUCUCUUAGUAAUGACGCGUUAAUGAGGAGGGCUGUGUCUUUGGUAACAGACAGCACGUCCACCUUUCUCUCGCAGACCACAUACGCACUGAUUGAAGCGAUCACUGAAUAUACUAAGGCUGUUUAUACCUUAAUUUCUUUGUACCGACAAUAUGCAAGUUUACUUGGGAAAAUGAAUUCACAGGAGGAAGAUGAGGUGUGGCAGGUGAUCAUAGGAGCCAGAGUUGAGAUGACUUCAAAACAGCAAGAAUACUUGAAGUUGGAAACCACUUGGCUGACUGCACUUGGUCUUUCAGAGAUGGCGGCAGAAGCUGCGUACCAAACUGGAGCAGAUCAGGCCUCGAUCACCGCCAGGAAUCACAUUCAGCUGGUGAAGUCACAGGUGCAGGAAGUGCGCCAGCUUUCCCAGAAAGCAGAAACCAAGUUGGCAGAAGCACAGACAGAGGAGCUCCGGCAGAAAACACGGGAGGACGGGGACGAGAGGGCCGAGCCGGAGCAGGAAGCCUACCUGCGCGAGGAUUGAGCGCCCGAGCGGCUGCCCGCGGCUGCCGGUUCAGCGGGGGGAGAGCAGGGGCGGCU